GCUCCUCCCUUACAGUUCAUCAGAGAAUUCAUACUGGAGAGAAACCCUAUAAAUGUAAGGAAUGUGGGAAGGCCUUUAGUGAUGGUUCAUCCUUUGCUCGCCAUCAAAGAUGUCACACUGGUAAGAAGCCCUAUGAGUGUAUGGAGUGUGGGAAAGCGUUCAUCCAGAACACAUCUCUGCUUCGUCACUGGAGGUACUACCACACGGAGGAGAAACCCUUUGGUUGCACUGACUGUGGCAAGGCCUUUAGUGACCACAUAGGACUCAAUCAACACAGGAGAAUUCACACGGGAGAGAAGCCCUACAGAUGCAACGUGUGUGACAAAUCCUUCAGGUAUGGUUCCUCUCUUACUGUGCACCAGAGGAUCCACACCGGGGAGAAACCAUAUGAAUGCGAUGCAUGUGGGAAAGCCUUUGGUCAUCACGCCUCGCUCACGCAGCAUCAGAGAGUACACUCUGGAGAAAAGCCCUUCAAGUGCCAAGAGUGUGGAAAGGCUUUUCGGCAGAAUAUUCACCUAGCCAGUCACCUGAGGAUUCAUACUGGGGAGAAGCCCUUUGAGUGUGGUGAGUGCGGAAAGUCCUUUAGCAUCAGCUCUCAGCUGGCCACUCACCAGAGAAUCCACACGGGAGAGAAGCCCUAUGAAUGUGAUGUUUGCAGCAAGUCCUUCACACAGAAGGCCCACCUGGCACAGCACCAGAAAACACACACAGGUGAGAAACCGUAUGAGUGCAGGGAGUGUGGGAAGGCCUUCAGCCAGACCACACACCUUGUUCAGCACCAGCGGGUUCAUACUGGGGAGAAGCCCUAUAAGUGUGCUGAGUGUGGCAAGGCCUUUGGUGACAACUCAUCCUGCACACAGCAUCAGAGGCUUCACACUGGCCAAAGACCAUACGAAUGCAUUGACUGUGGGAAGGCAUUCAAGACAAAAUCAUCCCUUAUCUGUCACCGCAGAAGUCAUACUGGGGAAAAACCAUAUGAAUGCAGCACAUGUGGCAAAGCCUUCAGCCACCGCCAGUCUCUCAGUGUCCAUCAGAGAAUUCAUUCUGGGAAGAAACCAUAUGAAUGCAAGGAGUGCAGGAAGACCUUCAUCCAGAUUGGACACCUUAACCAGCACAAACGAGUCCACUCUGGAGAGAGAUCCUUUUAUGUAGAAAAGAAAUUUUUGAAAUGUAAUGACUGUGAGAAAACUUUCAGCAAAAUUUCAACGCUUACUCUUCACCAAAGAAUUCAUACUGGAGAGAAACCCUAUGAAUGUAUUGAAUGUGGGAAAGCCUUUAGCCAGAGUGCCCACCUUGCUCAACAUCAAAGAAUACAUACAGGAGAAAAACCCUAUGAGUGUACUGAAUGUGGGAAAGCCUUCAGCCAGAAUGCACAUCUUAUUCAACAUCAGAGAGUUCAUACUGGAGAAAAACCAUAUCAGUGUAUGCAGUGUAAUAAAGCCUUCAGCCAACUUGCACAUUUGGCUCAACAUCAGAGAGUUCAUACUGGAGAAAAACCCUAUGAAUGUAUUGAAUGUGGGAAGUCUUUUAGUGAUUGUUCAUCCCUAGCUCAUCACCGAAGGAUUCACACUGGGAAACGGCCCUAUGAAUGUAUUGACUGUGGGAAAGCUUUCAGACAGAAUGCCUCUCUUAUACGUCAUCGGAGAAUUCAUACUGGAGAGAGACCUUACAAGUGUAGUAUGUGUGAAAAGGCUUUUAGCCAUGGCUCAUCUCUUACUGUGCAUCAGAGAAUUCAUACAGGAGAGAAACCUUAUGAAUGCAGUAUUUGUGAAAAAGCCUUUAGCCACCGUGGCUCACUUACCCUUCAUCAGAGAGUUCAUACUGGAGAGAAACCCUAUGAAUGUAAGGAGUGUGGGAAAGCGUUUCGGCAGAGCACACACCUUGCUCAUCAUCGAAGAAUUCAUACUGGAGAGAAACCUUAUGAAUGUAAGGAUUGUAGCAAAACUUUCAGCCAGAAUGCUCACCUUUCCCAGCAUCAGAAAACACAUACUGGAGAGAAGCCUUAUGAAUGUAAGGAAUGUGGUAAAGCCUUCAGUCAAAUUGCACACCUUGUUCAACACAAGAGGGUUCAUACUGGUGAGAAGCCUUAUGAAUGUAUUGAAUGUGGGAAGGCCUUUAGUGAUGGCUCCUAUCUUGUUCAACAUCAAAGACUGCACACUGGCAGGAGACCCUAUGAGUGUCCUGAAUGUGGAAAGGCAUUCAGGCAGAGGGCUUCUUUGAUCUGUCACCAAAGGUGUCAUAAGGGUGAGAAACCUUAUGAAUGCAAUGUUUGUGGGAAAGCCUUUAGCCAUCCUAAAUCCCUUGCUUUACAUCAAAGAAUACAUACAGGAGAGAAACCUUAUGAAUGUAAGGAAUGUAGCAAAGCCUUCAGUCAGAUUGCCCAUUUGACACUCCAUAAGAGAAUUCAUUCUGGAGAAAGGCCCUAUGAGUGUAAAGAUUGUGGGAAAGCCUUCAGGCAAAGUGUACACCUUGCUCAUCAUCAGCACAUUCAUACUUAAGAGUUAACU